AUGCCACCACCAGCCGUCGCUAGCGACGCAAAGCGACCGCUUGUUCUUGCAGCUGUUCUACUCGGCAUGAUAUUCAUUCUCAUCUACAUACUCAUCACUUUCCCACGCCCACUUAUUGCUGCACCACGUGGCCCACAAUCUCCGAUCAUGGCUGGAGGAGGCUCUGACGCCGACCCGUCGUCAGCCCGUGGAUUGCUUGGCGACGACGAUCCGUUCCGAUUUGCUGAUCAACCGUUUCACCGACAUCACAUACCGAAUAUUGUGCAGCCGUCUCUCUAUCAGAUUCAACUGAAAGUCUACUUGCCAUGGCGACCUGGCGUCACGUUCGGAGCGUUGGACUUCACCAUGGAUGGUAAAACUCAAAUGGAAUUCACCGUUCUUCGCGCCACACGACGAAUUCAGCUGAAUAUUAAGCAACUCAAUAUAACUUCAGUACGAGUCUACAGAGCCCUCGAGGAAAUCCAUGUCGACGAGAUUUCUGAAGACUAUCCUCAAUUGUUGGAUAUUUUCACAACCAUGGAUCUGCAGCCAGGACAUCACUACCGUUUGGUUAUUAAAUUCAAAACCAAUAUCAAUAAUCCACGCUUCGCUGGCGUAUUCGUAGCACCUUAUCCUACAAAACGCAACAAGUUUGCCAACCCUAGGGAGGCUCGCCCAGUCUGUUUCCAUGCUAUUGACAGUCCUGAGGCGAAGGCACGGUUUGACGCUACUGUGAUCCAUCCUGAAGGCACCUACGCGCUGUUCAAUAUGAAAGAGACGAACGUCACGACCAGCAAGUUACCACUGAGCGCCUUUUCACCCCACUUGUUAUGUGGCUAUGAAGUUUACAUAAUCGCCAAUCACACCAUGCGUGAGGAAUCGGUUCGCAUUUAUGCCGAAGAAGGGAAAUUGAACGACACUAGCAUGGCUUUAGACCUCGUCCCAAGACUGCUGGCGUUUUUCGAAGAUUAUUUCCAAUUACCGUACCCACUGAUGAAGUUA